AUGGCACAACGUGCACGUCGGGAGCGUGAGAGAUCGAAACGUCUUCCAAGUCAGUCUACUCCUGUGCUUGCACAAAUUUCGGUGCCUGCACAAAUUCCUGAGUUUCUUGCAGAACAAUCUAUUCAAACAAAUGUCUUUGGGUCAUCAUCUCUGCCGACAAUGCUUCGAGAAAAUCUUCCACAUAAUCUUUAUGAAGGCAAUUUUGUUGAAGGCACUUCGGUGCAAUCGACACCAUCGUCUAUUGGUGCCAUGAACAACAUUACUAUUUUUGGCCAUGCGAAGGAAAUCUCGGCGAAGACACCACGGCGCAAAUGGAACCACCUACCAUUUGUUCCAUGGAAAUCCAUAUGCAAAUAG